GAGGAGCGAUGAGCGUGAUGGCACGUGCGACAAGCUUGUUUAUGGCAUGUUCUGACAGGUCCCAGGCGUGGCCUGUGGUUCACAGCCUGAUAAAAGAGGGCCUCUGCAGAAGGGCGACAAUUCAGCCGCUUAAAGCCUAGGCCUCGUUUAAUAAUAUGGGGCAAGACGAAGGAAAUAAUAAAAAGGUUGUAGACCCUUCUACAUCAUGGCCCGCGGCAAGGCCUAUUCUGAAUGACUGCCACAAAAUAUGUUGUACAAUGUUUGAUGAAGACUUACAGGACUUCAGGCCUAUUUUGUUUGGAUGCCGUCUAUCAUGCUGUAAUGUACGGGAUGUCAUAGAACGUGAAGACGUGAACGAUCACACCAGGUCUUACCUGUCACGAUGGGGAAUGACUAAGAGAUGCUCUUUAUCACCGGUCCAAGGAACAGGCCUGAGUUCUGUACCGGGUUAUAGUCACAACAACAGUGACCCCUUAAUGUUAAACUUAUCAACCGAUGAAGAGUCUGCAGAGGGCCACUUAGAAAGGUCCCAAGGAUAUAAACAUGACAAGAGUCUGGUUUUUUUAAGAAGCAUCUCAAGUGAGGAAGAAUCUACAGAGGAGAGAGGUGAUUGUCAGUGCCCUACGAAGACCAUUACCAACGUGCCUACGGCGGAUGUUAAUAAUGGUAUUAAUGAGGCGGUUCUGAAGCUUACCGAAUACCCCGUUUGUCUACCAGAGGAUGUAAAUAAAGACAUUACAAAUGUAGUUAACAUUGCUAAAGUAUGUGAAUGUGGGCGUGUUGGUUGUAUUUGUGAGGUGACUACAGAAUUUGAAGAUAGUGAUGAUGAUGAUGAUGAUGAUGAUGAUGAUGAUUACUAUAGCUCUACUAGUGAUGAAGGUUAUUAUUCUGCGAGUGAAGAAUGGUAAAGGAUAUGUAAAUUACAAAUAAAAGGCUUGUGCUAAA